CGUCAAACGUGUCCUAUAAACGCACUAAAUCGCUCACACAGCCAAGGUAUGACGUAUUCUUCCGUGUAGCGUCAAUACCCGCUUUGAUCCAUAGAGUGUCGCUGUUGGCGCCUCUCCGUGUGGCGGGUGCCCACUCUGCCUCCAGCAGAGAGCAGUGCGCGGUUGGAUGUGAGCGCCAGCGACCUGUCUCGACUUCCAGAUCGAAGAUGGCGGUCUCGGUGUUCCCCGGCGUGCGGCUCCUCUCUAUCGGAGACGCGAAUGGAGACAUACAGCGACACUCGGAGCAGCAGCCACUGCGGCUAGAAAUCAAAAGCACACAAGACGCAGCCCUCAUCAAUCUCUCCAAUGGAGACGAUGCCAGUGUUUUCAAGUGUUCAGUUUCCAGGGAGACAGAGUGCAGCCGCGUAGGGAAGCAGUCGUUUAUCAUCACGUUGGGCUGCAACAGUGUCCUGCUGCAGUUCUCCUCACCUGGAGACUUUCAGUCCUUUUAUAAUAUCCUGAAGAACUGUCGCGGUCACCUUGGCGAGCGCUCAGUCUUUAGUGACAGAACAGAAGAGUCAUCAGCUGUACAGUACUUCCAGUUUUAUGGCUACCUCUCCCAGCAACAGAACAUGAUGCAGGACUAUGUUCGGACAGGGACCUACCAACGGGCUAUUCUCCAAAACCACUCUGACUUCAAGGACAAGGUCGUCCUGGAUGUCGGCUGUGGCUCCGGGAUCCUCUCUUUUUUCGCAGCUCAAGCGGGAGCCAGGAAGGUGUACGCUGUGGAGGCCAGCACCAUGGCCCAGCACGCUGAGGUGCUGGUCAACAGUAACCGUUUAGGCGAGCGCGUGGUGGUCAUCCCCGGGAAGGUGGAGGAGGUGACGCUGCCGGAGCAGGUGGACAUCAUCAUCUCAGAGCCAAUGGGCUACAUGCUGUUUAACGAGCGCAUGCUGGAGAGCUACCUGCACGCCAAGAAGUUCCUCAAACCCAACGGGAAGAUGUUUCCCACCAUCGGUGACGUCCACCUGGCCCCCUUCACAGACGAGCAGCUCUACAUGGAGCAAUUCACCAAGGCCAACUUCUGGUAUCAGCCCUCGUUCCACGGUGUGGACCUGUCAGCCCUGCGGGGGGCAGCUGUGGACGAGUACUUUCGUCAGCCAAUCGUGGACACCUUUGACAUCCGUAUCCUGAUGGCCAAAUCUGUCAAACACACAGUCAACUUCUUGGAGGCCAAAGAGGAUGAUCUUUACAGGAUAGAGAUUCCCUUUAAGUUCCACAUGAUGCACUCUGGCCUGGUCCACGGACUGGCGUUCUGGUUUGAUGUGGCGUUCAUGGGAUCAGUGAUGACGGUGUGGCUGUCCACAGCUCCCACUGAGCCUCUGACCCACUGGUACCAGGUGCGCUGUCUGCUUCAGUCUCCUCUCUUCACCAAGGCUGGAGACACGCUGUCUGGCACAGCACUGCUGAUAGCUAACAGGAGACAGAGCUACGACAUCAGUAUUGUUGCCCAGGUGGACCAGACAGGAUCAAAGUCCAGCAACCUCCUGGACUUGAAGAACCCCUUUUUCAGGUACACGGGCACCACCCCCAACCCUCCCCCCGGCUCACACUACACUUCCCCAUCUGAGAACAUGUGGAACACAGGGUCAGCCUACAGCAUGAGUCAGGGGAUGGCUGUGUCAGGUGACCACACACAUGACCUCAGGAUGCCUGCAGCUUAUGACCUCAGCACAGUCAUUGGCAGCGGCCCCUCAGUGUCUCACAACAACCUCAUCCCCUUAGUAAACACAGGAAUUGUAAACCACACCCACUCCAGGAUGGGCUCCAUCAUGAGCACAGGGAUCGUGCAGGGAGCCACCACGGGCCAGUCGGGUCCCAGCAGCAGUGGUACCUACUACCCUGUCACCAACCAGUUCACCAUGGGGGGCGCCGCAAUCUCCAUGGCGUCACCGAUGGUCAUCCCGAGCAACACCAUGCAUUACGGCAGUUAAGACGAGGACGACAACAUCGGAGUCCCCGAACCCCAGCAUGAGAAAAGACCCCCCCCCAAAACACACACACAC